CAACAGCACGGCCGCUAUGAUGUGUUGACCGGGGUUGCUCCUGCGGCUUCAGAUCCUGCGAUCACGCUUGCAUCAAGGUUCUGUGCACCAUGGAGAAGCAGGGGUGGAGGAUGGUGGAGCUCCUGUUGAAGGAGGAGCUGGAGGCUGUGAGUGUGGGGCUGGAGCAAAGGCUUUACACACUGGAGGAACUGGACGAGCCUCACGACUCCAACGGCUCCACUCCCCUUAUCAGUGCUUGCCAGAUGGGCCUCACUAAGGUAAUGCAUUUCCUUUUGGACAGGGGCGUAGAUGUAACACUGUGCAACCACAACAACCAGACAGCUCUGCAUGCCAGUCAGCCAGGCCUGCAGAGGGAGCUGUUGGCAGCCAUUUCGAGACCACUGUCCCACCCAGCUCAGCUCUUAGAGGCCGCCUGGAAAGGUGACAUUCGCUCCCUGCAGCACCUGCUGAUGCAUACAGACUUGGUGGAUGUGAAGAACCGGGAUGGGUUGACACCACUCAUGUUGGUGGUGAGGGAUGUGGACCUGUUUACGGAGCUGCAGGGCACCAUUCUCUGGGACUACUGCCCUGCUGAAGUAGUGAAGGCACUGCUGGCUCUGUCUGCAAACACUGAAGUGCCGGAUAAAAAGGGCUACACUGCUCUUCACUACGUCUCUCAGAUCAAGAGCUCUCUUAAGGAGAAACUGCUCCAGAUUAUUCUGGAAUCCCUAUCCCAGUCAGCACCUCCACAUGUGGAGUCAGCUGGUGACUUCCCCUCAGACUGCCCUGCACCAUGUGGUUUGACAACUCCAGCCAGUGACAGAAACAUAGCAAAAUCAUAUAAGGAUGUUGCUGUCCGAGAGGGCCACAAAGAUUUUACCAAAGAUAAGAUCACCACCCCUUGCUUCCAGACUGCCAUGGAGCCCAAACAGAACCCUAGACGAAGCUUCCCACAGCUUAGUAAAGGAAAUGGUUGGACAUCAUCAUUGCCAAGCCUGAGGGAUGGAAAUAAAUGCUGGGAUCAACUUGGUGCUCUGCAUUCCACUUCUGCUAUUGCCAUUAAAGCCUCCCUGAUACCUUUACCUCCAAGGCUCAUAGAGAAGAGCACAAUCAUAAUAGAUCCUCCAGCCCCACAAUUUCCUCAACUGAGCCAGUCUGAUCCAUGCCUGGCCCUCUUGGAUGCAAACGAACUAUUACAAGUACGGGCAAACAUACACAACCGACUAAGUAGUGGUGAAACAGACAGUGAUGUUUCUGGACAAAAGGAUACACCUUCUGUUCUGUGCACACGAACUCCAAAACGCUUAGCUCCACUUGACAGAGGAUCCAGCAGUGGCCCUGUGCUUUCAAACCACCACAGUUCACUGCACCUGCCACACAUGCCCAUGAGACACUUGACAUUUGGCUCAGUGUCCAGGCAAAGGAGGGAGAGCUUGAGAGGAUCCAGGAGCACAGGGGGGUGCAGUGAGGAAAGCUGUGGCAGUCAAAGCUCCUUGGAUGAGGAGGAGGAAGAUAAAGAAGAUGAUAGUGGCAGUAUGACACAGCAGAGGUUCAGGAACAUAGAGAGUGAGUUGCAGGGAUCCCUCAGCUCCUCAUCCUCUUUUCAACAUUUGGUGAAUUCAGAAAUAAUGGAUGUCAAAGAAAUAAAUCCAAGUAAUACUGAUAUGCCUGUCACAUCUCAAAUCAAGAGCAGCGGACAAGUUCAAGAACAAAUGAGGACUGACUCUAGAAUUGAAUUUUCCAAAACGUUGAAAAAUACUGAGAGGGCUUCAUCCCUGCAGCAUCAAUGUGAAGCUGUGAAUGACUGUAACAGUGGCACAAGGCAUUCAGCAGACCUAACAAAAAUGGACAAAAAUGUUGAAUUAACAGGGUCUUUAAAUACCCUUGAUGGACAUGAAGGUUUAGCCACACUGGUCAGACCUGUAGUUAGAAAGGAAUGCUCCAUCUUUUUAGGUGCUGCUGAGCCUGAACACCUAUCUCCUGUGAACAUCACAGUGUUACGCCCCACUUCACUGGAGAAAGGCAGACCCACUAUGACAACCAAAAUCAAGGAAAAAAGAUGUGGACCUUUUCUCACCAAUCAAUCUUUUAACAUCUUGGCCCACAGAAGCACAGUACAGAGUACUCUUAAGCCUACAAAGAGUAAAAGGAAUUCAUCCAUUUUAUCUCAAGUUAAAACUGGAGAGCUGGGCCCUGUACUUGGUUGUAUUAGUAAGGAGACCAACAAAUUGGACUGGCCGAAGACAGUAUCCCCAAAGCAAAGUCAAAAACAGAAAGAUCCCUUGAACCGAAGGAGGCCCUCUGAGCCUCUGCAUCAUGUAAGAUUUAAUGGAGACAAGAAGAUGUUAAAUAAAUCGCAAAGUCAAAAGCAACUUCUCAAUCGGGAGCUGAAGACAGCAAGACAGAUGAAAAAGCCAGGGAUUUUAGGGUCAUAUCGAGCAAAGUCUGCUCUGGACUAUGUCAGUUACAAUGACAUGUUUCAGGCAAUCCAUCAAGGGAAGGAAGGACCAGCCAUAUUUGAGAUGUUUGCUACUCCAAUAUAUGAAAAUCUCAGAGUAGGCAGUUCAGCAGAAAGGACUGAACAGGUCACAUUAACUCCCCCAGUUAAUCAACAAUUAAAUGGCCAACGCAGAGCUCAAAAAUCCAUACAAUGUAACAGAAAGAAACAUCCACAGAAAUGCAGCCAAGCUAAGGGGAAGCAACGCAAAAGGAGGGAAACCCGAUCAAGUGGAACACAAAGCCACAAUCAGGCUCAGAUAAAUAAAGAGGAUGCAGUUGUCGUCUCUGGCCUUGAUGGUUAUAGACAGUUGAGUAGACAUGAUAUUCUUACCACUGAGGAUUACAAGAAGGACUUUCAAAUGAGAGUGGGGAAUGUGGAGAGUGCUAUGCUGUCACCCAUUGAAGAAGCUCUUUCUGAUUCUGCAACUCGGACAACCAUUCAUCAUAAGCAGAGAGAUUUACCCACUUCAUCUCAUUCAGUCGUGCCAGCUGGUCUCAGCAGGCAAAUCAUUCCAGUAAAAACAGAAGCUUGUAAAGAUAAGGUAGAUGUCUCAAGUGAAGGUGUGGAAUCUGUAGCAGAUACGUUCCCAGCACAAGGCAUGAUGAACACAUGGACGAGUGAUAGGACAAGGUCGCCUGUGUACCAGACAUUUAUGGAUGAAGUGGGUGAGGGGCCUGUAACAGAUGAUUUGCUUAGAUGCCUGGCAGAAGAAUUAAUUUCACUGGAGGAGAAAGAUGUAGAGACACUAAAGACUGAAAAUACAGAGAGCAAAGGGAUCUUAACUGACCUUCCACUGAAAUUCAACAAAGUUCUCAGUGAGGGCACACCAUGUUCUGAUGAACUGCCUUGCACUGAGAAGUUCAAUGCAGAUGAUACGAUCACAUGGACAAAAGGUGAGGUUCUGGGAAGAGGAGCCUAUGGAACCGUGUACUGUGGCCUUACUAGUCAAGGCCAGCUCAUUGCAGUUAAACAGGUGACACUGGACAUCUCAAAUUCAGAGAGCAUAGAGAAAGAGUAUGAUCGGCUGGAGAGGGAAGUGGAUCUCCUGAAGAACCUCCAUCAUCCCAACAUAGUGGGGUUCCUGGGCACAAGUCUUUCCAAACACAUAGUCAGCAUCUUCAUGGAAUUCAUCCCAGGAGGAUCCAUUGCCAGUGUUCUCAACCGUUUCGGACCUUUGCCAGAAAAGGUGUUUACCCUCUACACCGUACAGAUAUUGGAUGGCAUCACUUAUCUUCAUUCCAACAGAGUGAUCCAUAGGGACUUGAAAGGAAACAAUGUCAUGCUUAUGCCCACCGGUGUUGUCAAGCUGAUUGACUUUGGCUGUGCUCGCCGCCUCAACUGCAUGUCACACAGCGGAGGUGGCUGCAGCGAUCUCAAGUCUGUGCACGGCACCCCUUACUGGAUGGCCCCGGAGGUGAUUAAUGAGACUGGCCAUGGAAGGAAAUCAGACAUCUGGAGCCUUGGAUGCACAGUGUUUGAGAUGGCUACUGGAAAGCCCCCACUGGCACACAUGGGGAAAAUGGCAGCUCUUUUCUACAUUGGGGCCCGUAAGGGACUAAUGCCCCCACUGCCUGAUGACUUCUCCGAGGAAGCAAAGGGCUUCGUGCAAGCAUGCCUAAUCAGUGACCAAAAACAGCGACCAUCAGCAGCAGAUUUAUUAAAGCAUCCCUUCAUCUUUCACCUCAGACAGCCCAGAAGGAACAAGCUACACAAUUUAGCUCGUCUUGCCAACUGCUGUUAAAACAGAAAAAUGUUCCAGCUACUUUAAUGUAAUGUGUCAACUGAUUUUUUUCCUAUGUAUGUACCUCAAUGAAUGACUGGAAUUGAAUUUCUCACAAGUGAGUAUAGUAAAUGGACAUGAUCAUUCUUUUUUUUCCUCUAAUUUUGAACCAAUCUUACUUGUACUACAUUAAAACAUGUAAACACUU